UGCGCUAUCCCCGGCUGCGCCUACCUGCCGUGCACGGCCCCCCGCCGUCUCCCCACCGCGAGGCGCCUCCUCCAGGCAGCAGCGCACCGUGCCAAGCCCGCGGCCGCGCUGCCCCCGCCGGGACCGAGAUUUCAUCCUGAUGGCUGACUCAAAAACACGCCCUGCCCUGGAUGGAGACCCCUUGGCUGUGGAGACCUUGCUCCAGGACGUGUUUGGGAUUGUUGUAGAUGAGGCCAUUCGGAAAGGGACCAGUGUCUCUGAGAAGGUCUGUGAAUGGAAAGAGCCUGAAGAGCUAAAACAGCUGCUGGAUUUGGAGCUGCAGAGCCAGGGCGAGUCACAGGAGCGGAUUCUGGAGCGCUGCCGGGCAGUGAUUCACUAUAGUGUCAAGACCGGUCACCCCCGGUUCUUCAACCAGCUCUUCUCAGGGCUGGAUCCUCAUGCGCUGGCUGGGCGCAUCAUCACAGAGAGCCUCAACACCAGCCAGUACACUUAUGAGAUUGCCCCCGUGUUUGUGCUCAUGGAAGAGGAGGUGCUGAAGAAACUCCGUGCCCUGGUGGGCUGGAGCUCUGGGGAUGGGGUCUUCUGCCCGGGUGGCUCUAUCUCCAACAUGUAUGCCAUGAAUCUGGCCCGCUAUCAGCGCUACCCAGACUGCAAGCAGAGGGGCCUCCGGGCACUUCCACCCUUGGCCCUCUUUACAUCAAAGGAGUGUCACUACUCCAUCAGUAAGGGAGCUGCUUUUCUGGGACUUGGCACUGACAGUGUCCGAAUGGUCAAGGCUGAUGAGAGAGGGAAAAUGAUCCCUGAGGAUCUGGAGAGGCAGAUCAGUCUGGCCGAGGCUGAGGGCUCUGUGCCAUUCCUGGUCAGUGCCACCUCUGGCACCACCGUGCUAGGGGCCUUUGACCCCCUGGAUGCUGUUGCUGAUGUGUGCCAGCGUCAUGGACUGUGGUUACAUGUGGAUGCCGCCUGGGGUGGGAGCGUCCUGCUGUCUCGGACACACAGGCAUCUCCUGGAUGGGAUCCAGAGGGCUGACUCUGUGGCCUGGAACCCUCACAAGCUUCUCGCCACAGGCCUGCAGUGCUCUGCUCUUCUUCUCCAGGACACCUCGGAUCUCCUUAAGCGUUGCCAUGGGUCCCAGGCCAGCUACCUCUUCCAGCAGGACAAAUUCUACGAUGUGGCUCUGGACACUGGAGACAAGGUGGUACAGUGCGGCCGCCGUGUGGACUGUCUGAAGCUGUGGCUCAUGUGGAAGGCCCAGGGUGGGCAAGGCCUGGAGCAGCGCAUCGACCAGGCCUUUGCCCUCACCCGUUACCUGGUGGAAGAGAUAAAGAAGCGAGAAGGGUUUGAGUUGGUCAUGGAGCCCGAGUUUGUCAACGUGUGCUUCUGGUUCGUGCCCCCUAGCCUGCGGGGGAAGGAGAAGAGUCCAGAUUACAGCGAAAGGCUGUCGCGGGUGGCACCUGCACUCAAGGAGCGCAUGGUGAAGGAGGGCUCCAUGAUGAUUGGCUACCAGCCCCACGGCACCCGGGCCAACUUCUUCCGCGUGGUGGUGGCCAACCCUACACUGGCCCAGGUGGAUCUAGACUUCCUCCUGGAUGAGCUGGAGCGGCUGGGCCAGGACCUGUGAGCUUCUCCUCUUCAGCUGUACCCAGUCUUGGCAUUGCCUUCUGGGUUCUCAAAAGUAACCUUUCUAGGGAACAGAGGUCUCACCGUGGCUAUGCUUUGACCCACUAAUGCUCUUACCUAAUAUAUGCUGUUAGGAGAAUGUUUAAAUACACUACAGUAUAUUCUUGUGAAAUAUUCUUUCAUUAAAAUUAUGUUUACAAAGAAUUUUUAUCAAUAUGGGGAAAAUGUACCGAAAAAGCUGAAUAUGAGUUUAUAUAUAGUGAUACCUGAAUUAUGUUCCAAAAUACAUAGGAAAAAAUAUAAGAAAAGGCUGAUGAAUGACAGUGCGCAAAGGCUAGCAGUUUUCCCUGGGCCGGGAUAAUAGUUUCUAAGUCUAAAGUGUCGUACCUUUUGCGCUCACCCCCUUUAUUAUGUAAUGAGCUUUACGUACUUAGGAAAUAGGAAAAUAAAGCUAAAAUUUCAGUUAUA